AUGGGUUCCUGGGAGGCACUGUCCUCUUGUUCCAAGGCCCUCUCCUCCCCUGGAACAUGGAACUUGGAGACUCCAGACAACUCGAGCCCUGACCCAGCCGGCCACCUGGAAGAACAGAAGCCCUCACCUCCACCUCUGAAGGCCGAGAACAACAUGGAUGUAGUACUGGUGGACUCCAGGGAGCUGCUGUGCCCCACUUCACCCCCUCCAGGUAGAGAUCGCAUCGCCUAUGAAGUGACCGUCAACCACCGGAACAUAGAAGAGCUCUGCCUGUGCUGUGGAAGUCUCCAGGUGUACACACAGCACCCCCUGUUCCAGGGAGGAAUGUGUGCCCCAUGUAAGGACAAAUUCUUGGAGACCCUCUUCCUGUAUGACGAUGACGGGUAUCAGUGUUCCUGCUCCAUCUGCUGCUCGGGGGACACGCUGUUCAUCUGCGAGAGUCCAGACUGUACCCGGUGCUACUGUUUUGAGUGUGUGGAUGUCCUGGUGGGCCCUGGGACCUCAGAGCGAAUCCACGCCAUGAACUGCUGGGUGUGCUUCCUGUGCCUGCCUUUCUCUCAAAGCGGGCUGCUCCUGAGGCGGAGGAAGUGGCGCCACCGGCUGAAGGCCUUCUAUGACCUCGAGGCGGCAAGCCCUCUGGAAAUGUACAAAACAGUGCCUGUGUGGAAGAGAGAGGCAGUGCGGGUGCUGACCCUUUUUGAAGACAUUCAGAAAGAACUAAGGAGCUUAGGCUUUUUGGAAAGUGGUUCCGGUUCUGAGAGAGGAAGACUGAAACACUUGGAUGAUGUCACAAACGUAGUGCGAAGAGAUGUGGAGGGAUGGGGCCCCUUUGACCUUGUGUAUGGCUCAACACAGCCCCUGGGCUAUUCCUGCAACCGUUGUCCUGGCUGGUAUCUGUUCCAGUUUCACCGGAUCCUGCAGUAUGCACGGUCACACCGGGGCAGCCAGCAACCCUUUUUCUGGAUGUUUGUGGACAACUUGCUGCUGACUGAGGCUGACCAGGCCACAGCAGCCCGCUUCCUUGAGAUGGAGCCCAUGACCCUCCAGGACAUCCGAGGCAGAGUCCUGCAGAACGCGGUUCACGUGUGGAGCAACAUCCCAGGGGUGAAGAGCAAGCACAUGGCCCUGACAGCCGAGGAGGAACAGUUUCUGCAGGCCCAAGGUGAUGCCCGAGCCAAGCUGGUUGCCAAGGGACUGGCCCCGCUGGUGAAGAAGUGCUUUCUCCCCCUUAGAGAGUAUUUCAAGUAUUUUUCUCAGAACUCACUUCCUCUUUACAAAUGA